CUCCUCUCCUUACUCUAAAAAUCACACUUCCCAGAUGCCAUAUUGGCACAUUCUCUCUCUCACACACACACACAGUAACCUCACUCUCAUCAGAAAAAAGAAAAGAAGCAGCCAAACACUCUUUUCGCCUUAAACUUCUUCCUCAACAACGAAGUACCCCAUUUCACACUUGUAGUAAAGCUUUAAGCAGCCCACUGAACCAAAAACCAACCUUCCUUCCUUCCUUCUCACAAAAAUCCUUGGUCUUCCCAGGCACAAAGGAAUAAUAUCUGAGACUGAUUCCAUUCUAUCAUUACCGCCUUUCGCCAACUUUCCUUUUUUUCAGCAAAUUUUCCAGUGCCCAUUCUUUUCCUUUUUUAGCCUAUGACAAUUGAUUAAGUUACUAGAAAACCCUCUAUGGAUUCUUCCUUCUCCAAUAUUUUUAGCCCAGUUUUUCUCUCUAUUAGCUGACAGCACAACUCAGGAGAGAAUUAGAGAACCCAAUAAUUUAAGAACAGCGGCUGUUAUAUAGCGUCUAGAGCGACCGGGUUUUUCUCUGCGUUUGUGGAAACAAUGGAGAAAAAACAAGGGUUCUUUUCUGCUUUAAAGGAGGAGGUGGUUAGGGGUUUAUCACCGGCUAGGACACGAUCAAAGAGUCCAGCGAGGAGUGCCUCACCCAUGGCGGCUCUGCUACGGAGGAAGAAGUCCAGUGGCGGCGGCGGCGGCGGCGGAGGUAGUAGCAGCAGCAGCUACGUUGCGAAUACCGAUGCUCUAAUUGCGAGAUCGGGGAGUAUGAGGCCUUUGGGUGGAGAGACUCUGACGCCGUUAAUUGAAGGUCCGGAUCCAGACGGUGGUGAAAUUGGUGGGUCGAAGCGGGUCGGGUUGGGACAAUGGAUGAAGGUUCAGCUCUCUCGUGCCCCAUCCGUUACGUCCAACGGGUACGGUAACAAUCAGCAGCAGGGGAUUAACAACAGCAACUACCCCAAUAACAACAACAAGAGGUCUGAUCUGAGGUUAUUGCUGGGUGUAAUGGGUGCGCCUCUUGCCCCGGUUCAUGUUAGCGCCAUGGACCCAUUGCCUCAUCUCAGCAUCAAAGACACUCCAAUUGAAACCUCUUCAGCCCAAUACAUAUUGCAGCAGUAUACUGCAGCAUCUGGUGGUCAAAAGGUCCAGAACUCUAUCAGGAAUGCAUAUGCUAUGGGCAAGCUGAAAAUGGUAGCCUCCGAGUUUGAAACCGCCACCAAGGUUGUCAAGAAUAGGAAUGCUGCAAGAGCUGCUGAAUCAGGAGGUUUUGUCCUGUGGCAGAUGAAUCCUGACAUGUGGUAUGUGGAGCUUGCAGUUGGUGGUAGCAAGGUGCAUGCUGGAUGCAAUGGAAAGCUGGUUUGGAGGCAUACACCUUGGCUUGGGGCUCACACUGCAAAAGGACCAGUUAGGCCUUUACGACGUGCUCUUCAGGGUCUUGACCCAAGAACAACAGCCAGUAUGUUUGCAGAUGCCAGGUGCAUUGGAGAGAAGAAAAUUAAUGGAGAGGAUUGCUUCAUUCUGAAGCUUUGUGCUGAUCCGCAAACGCUUAAGGCAAGGAGUGAAGGACCAGCAGAGAUCAUAAGGCAUGUUCUCUUUGGCUAUUUCAGCCAGAAGACUGGCCUUCUUGUUCACAUGGAAGAUUCACAUCUUACCCGCAUCCAGACUAAUGGUGGUGAUGCUGUCUAUUGGGAGACUACGAUUAACUCAUUUUUAGAGGACUAUCAUCCCGUUGAAGGUAUAAUGAUUGCUCACUCUGGUCGUUCUGUGGUUACACUAUUCCGGUUUGGGGAGAUGGCGAUGAGCCAUACAAAGACCAGGAUGGAAGAAGCUUGGACUAUUGAGGAGGUGGCUUUCAAUGUUCCUGGCUUAUCUUUGGAUUGUUUUAUUCCUCCGGCUGAUUUAAGAUCUGGGACUGUAAGUGAAGCCUGUGAACUCCCUGCAGAUGAAAAGGCAAAGAAUGCUCUAGUGCUCGCUGCACAUAGGGCGAAAGUUGUUGCCUUGGAGAAAACACACGGUAGCAACGUUGAUAACGUAUUCUGGAAAGUUGAGAUCUAACCUAAUAGUAUUAUGCUUCAAUUGUUUAUAUGGGUAGGCAGUUUCUAAUAAUCUAACAGAGUAGAGUUAGUAGCAAAGUAAAAGGAGAUUUCAGUAGUUGGUUGAGCCUCUACUCUGUGAGUAGAGCGUAAGUUAUUCACAAGUUCUGCUCGAGCCUGGAUGAAUACUAAUCCUCUCAAUGCAGACAGAAUCCAGCUAUGGUGUUGGAGCUCAGUUUUCCCAGUUUAAGGAUAGAGCAAGUGGAGGUUAAUUUUAUUUGUUUGCCUUCCUCUAGUGAAUGAAGUUUGUGUCAUGGUAAAGCUCGAAUUUUUCGCUGAGCCAUUGACCUUUUUUUUACUGUGGAUCUCAUACUAAUUUGACUGUCAAAUUGUAUACGGCAGUUAGAAGGAAUCUAGAUGAGGUUGAUAGAUCAGCAAUAGUGUCUGUUUUUAUUGGUUCUUUUUUUUUCCGAUGCUUUUUCGAGUAGUGGAUCUUGCUUACCUCAUAACUACAUGCAAGAUAUUGCUUUAUUUCAUUUUUGUGAUGGGCUCGGAGAAUGAGGUUUCUCUUGUUAGUCUUUCAUGUUAGUGGAAAGUAGGAAAGGUGAUGGGUGGCAAAUUGGCUAAUAAUGCAGCCAUUUGCUGGUAGGCAAUAACAACCAAGUUGCUUCAGAUAGGGGGUUUUCUGGUUUGUACUUGGGACAUUUUGUCAGUAGUGUCAAGAACAUUGUUUGCAGCAUAAAUUGCUUAUCCGAUAUGAUCAUAGCAUCUUCUCUUUAUGAGCUUUAUGCUUUCUACCAUAAGGGAACCGAAUUUACUGUUAUCAUACAACACAUCUCCCUCAGAGUAAACCGAAGAUAAUUGCUUCUCAUCUAAAACAGUUUUAGCCUUGUAAACUUGGCAGUUGUUUCUGCUCUGUUCAGAUUUGGAUCAAGAAAACCGAUGUGGAUUGGAAUGUUUCGACAAUUCCAAAGGAUGAGGAUUAGAAUAUGUUGCACUGUGAAGUCUGUGAGAUUUGACUAAAAUUACAUCAUAACGUGCCUUUUCUUGCCAUACUUUACAAAGCUUUUUAUCUCUGACUCUGAGCAUUGAACCCAGCCCCCAUUUCCCUUUGUUCUGUAAAGCGACCUCCUCGUUCAAGGGUAUUAUUUUCCCCCCUCAGUCUGAGGCUGAACUCGAAGCGUGUGGAAGAAUGAUCAUUGCAACAAAGGCACGGGGUAAAAGGUGUUCCCCAACUGCAUGUGAUUUCCUCAACAUCCCCGGACUGCUUUUCGCCAUUUUCAUCUUCUUUCUUUCUUUCUUUCUUUCCUCUCGUUCUUUGUUUGUGCUUUUCUCAAAGUGACAUGCAAUGUGUCUUUUGCAGUCAGUAUCUUCUCCACUUCUUUACUCUACC